CACGCGGCCGUGCAGGUAGCCGCUGUAAAAGGCGGGAGAGAUUCGUGAGUAGCGUCGCGUUUGCCGCCUCCGUCUCAUUCCUCUUCUCGUGCGACGCGCGCGCGCGGCGCUUGUAUAGUUGUAUAAAAGCCACCUCUCCGGCGCUCGUCGCGCGUUUCCAUGUCCGCAACUUGACUGCGAACGACGACGACUCCGGCCCACUUGUCUUCCACACCCUCCUCCGUUCCUCGAGGCGGACCGCACGUACACAGAUUCCGCGCCCAGAAGGCCAAAACUACUCGCGCCAGCGGCUAAACCAAAGCCAGCGAUAUCUUUGUACUGUGCAGUCAUGGCCGUCGCAAGGCUGGUGGGCGCUCCAUUCCCUCUCCCCGCCGGCGCAGUCGCCGCCUCCCGCGUGCGGAGUCCGCCGGCCACGACAUGCGCGCGUCUGGUGUUCGCGCCUCUCUCGGUGCGCGCGACGCCUCGCGCGGUCCAGCGUGCCGUGUCCGCGCGCGUGGCGGCGGACGACGGAGGGGACGCGGAGGCCGAGGCCGCGCUGGCGGUGGCGGAGCGCGCGGCGCGGAAGCAGUCGGAGCGGCGGACGUACCUGGUGGCCGCGGUGAUGUCCAGCCUCGGGAUAACGUCCAUGGCCGCCGCGGCCGUCUACUACCGCUUCGCCUGGCAAAUGGAGGGAGGCGAGAUUCCGGUGACGGAAAUGGUCGGCACCUUCGCGCUUUCGGUGGGCGCCGCGGUCGGGAUGGAGUUCUGGGCGCGGUGGGCGCACCGGGCGCUGUGGCACGCGUCGCUGUGGCACAUGCACGAGUCCCACCACCGGCCGCGCGACGGGCCCUUCGAGCUCAACGACGUGUUCGCCAUCGUGAACGCCGUCCCCGCCAUGUCCCUCAUCGCCUACGGCUUCUUCAACCGCGGCCUCGUCCCCGGCCUCUGCUUUGGCGCGGGGCUGGGGAUCACGCUGUUCGGGAUGGCGUACAUGUUCGUCCACGACGGGCUGGUCCACCGCCGCUUCCCCGUCGGCCCCAUCGAGAACGUGCCAUACUUCCGGCGGGUCGCCGCCGCCCAUCAGAUGCACCACAUGGACAAGUUCAAGGGCGUGCCAUUUGGGCUGUUCCUCGGUCCCAAGGAACUGAAGGAGGUGGGAGGGACUGAGGAGCUGGAGAAGGAGAUCAAGAGGAGGAUUAAGAGGAAAGAGACCUUAGAUGCCAUCCAAUGAGAGCUACUUGCUAUAGAUAGUAGUACAUUCCACUGUUUUUGUAUCUUGUGAUUUCAACAAUGAGUAGAUCCUCACAUCUUGUAGUGCUUUACUGUGGCCCUAUACCACUAGCGUGUGUAUGUACGUCUUCCUGUCAGUAGAAGAGAAGAGGAAUAAUCUAGUUUCAGGUGCGUGAUUGGGAUGGAGUGGAGCACGCUGGUAGGAGUAUUAGAUAUGCUGUGCUGGAGGUUGAUGCUUCUUACUGCACUAGUGUUGAUAUUGUUUUCUGUAUCGAUUAUAAAGGGGUGUCGUGCUGCUGACA